AUAAUAUUGACAAUGAUGCAACCAACCGGCGGUGGUGGUGGCGGUGGCGGUGGUGGUGGCGGUGGUGGUGGUGGUCUUGCCAGAUUUCAGUCGGCUCCGGCUACUUGGUUAGAACAACUGCUAGAAUCAGAUGAAGAUGUCAUCAUAGACCCCCCUAAACCGCCCUUGCUUCCGCAUCAUUCCAUUGCAACCGCCAGUUCCGCCAUCACCACCACCACCACUUUCGUUGAUCCGAGUAUGGCCGGAAGCGGGUUUCUUCGCCAAAACAGCUCUCCUGCGGAGUUCCUUUCUCAGAUCAAUAAUUCCGAUGGCUAUUUCUCGAGUUACGGUAUUCCGGCGAAGGCUAAUUACGAUGAUUACCUUUCAUCCAGAGACGUCAGUUUAGAAGACUCGCAAAUCAAAUUCACUACACAAAUGAGUGGAGAUCAAAGUGCUUUGUUGGAUGUUGAGAUGGAUAGGAUUCUGGGGGAUACUGUGCCGUGUAGGGUACGAGCAAAACGAGGGUUUGCUACUCAUCCUCGCAGUAUUGCCGAAAGGGUGAGGAGGACUCGGAUUAGCGACAGAAUUAGAAAGCUUCAAGAUCUUGUGCCUAAUAUGGAUAAGCAAACUAACACGGCCGACAUGUUAGAAGAGGCGGUUGAGUAUGUCAAGUUCCUGCAAAAACAGAUCCAGGAUCUUACGGACCAUCGAAACAGAUGCACGUGCUUGGUUAAGGAACAAGGGAAAGGCUAGGCGACAAUGCUGCCGAAUCGUACCAUGUUUUAAGUUUUGAUAUGGUUUCGGAUGGAGUAAUCAAUCACGGGUCUCCGAUCUCCAAGAUCUUCAAACAACACUGCGUCUUCCAACAUCUAUCGGAGAUCAAGUUCUUUUGAUGUGGAGGAGCGGUAGUCUGCUUGCUGCUGGUACGAUUGUAGCUUAAGUUUUCAGCUUUAGUUUCUUUUAGAAUGCACUAGUAACGUGUAGUUAUAAAUCUAUAUACAAACCAAUCCCUUUUAUACCCACCGGUUACCUAAUGAAUGGAAAUUCAAAA